UCCAGAGUGUAGGAGCCAUAAAUGAGAAGGCUCGACCUCCUUUAGUGGACUUUGCUAUUCUGUGUACUACCAGAAGCCCCGAGUUUAGAUAUCUUCAAGAGUGGGUUGGGUUGCAGCAAGACAGAAGGUGAGCUGUAGUGAUGGUGCCCUGUGAGUCGCAGUUCAGCGCUCAGCUCCUCCUCCAGUGAUCGGUGUGUGUGUGGUGUUCCUCGAUGUCGGGUCUGAUAGGUCGCGUGCGCUCGGCGUUCCGCAGCCGGCCGGACAGCUGGCACCUGAGCGACGCCGCCGCCUUCGACUUCUCGGAGGAUCUGCAGGAGGAGGAGUCGCCGCGCUUCAGCCGGCUGCAGGUGGUGGUGUCCGGAGAGGCGGAGGAGCGUCCGGCUGUUAACGGCUCCGCGCGCAGCACACUGACGGACGAUGAUGACUCUUUGCUGGGGGCCUCCACUGGCUCCACGGGACCCGAGGCCUGCGACGGCUGCCAGAGGAACCGAGAACAGCAGCGGCGCCGCCGGGUCAUGCGCAAACUGGGCGGAGCCGCGGUGCUCUACUUCCUGUUUAUGGUGGGAGAGCUGAUAGGAGGGUAUGUGGCCAACAGUCUGGCCAUCAUGACGGACGCUCUACACAUGCUGACGGAUCUGAUCGGGAUCAUCGUGUCUCUGCUGGCGCUCUGGCUCUCCGCGAAACCUCCGACGUACAGAUUCACCUUCGGCCUCCAUCGACUGGAGGUGUUGUCCGCAGGCAUCAGUGUGUUGCUGAUCUACAUUCUGACCGGUGUGUUGUUGAACGAAGCGGCUCAGAGGACGAUCCAUCAGGACUUCACUAUUGACGGUGAUGUGAUGCUGAUCACGGCUGCGGUCGGAGUCGCUGUAAACCUGCUAAUGGGCUUCCUCCUCAAUCAGUCCGGCCAUCUUCAUUCUCAUGGGCACGGGCACGGUCACUCUCAUGGCUCAGCAGGUCAUGGGUCAUCGGAUCAGGGGUCAUCAGGUCAGGGUCAGCGGGGUCACGGCAGUCUGGCGGUGCGAGCGGCCUUCAUCCACGCGCUGGGAGAUCUGGUUCAGAGCGUGGGCGUCCUCAUCGCUGCGUACAUCGUCAGGUUUAAGCCGGAGUAUAAGCUUGCGGACCCCAUAUGCACGUACCUGUUCUCGGUUCUGGUGCUCUUCAGCACAUUCCAGAUCAUCAGAGACACCGGCAUCAUCCUGCUGGAGGGUGUACCGCGUCACAUGGACGUGUCGGUCAUCAGAGCAGAGCUGCUGAAGCUGCAGCAUGUGGAGUGUGUGGAGGAGCUGAAGCUGUGGGCGCUGACGGCCGAUAAGACUGCAGCCAUCGUUCACCUGCAGCUCGCGCCGGGGAUUGUGGGUAACUGGGAGGAAGUGCAGGCGAGCGCCCGGCGGCUGCUGAUGGUGUCACACGGCGUGACGCACUGCACGGUACAACUGCAGACGCACAGACAGGGGGCGCCGCAGGCCUGCACACACUGCCUGAGCCCACGAGCCUGAGCAACACACACACACACACACACACACACACACACACACACACAGACGGAGAACUGACCCAGCGGGGUUUUAAUGAUUGUCUCGCAGAUUUUCUAUGAUUAUUAUUGACCUCAUUUUGAUAAACAUGUAAUACAGGCGUGCUGUCAGAGGAGAGUGUGUAGCGAGUGUUUGAUGGAGAGAUGCAGACGGAAGUGUUCAUGUGUUCAUGUGUGUGUGUGUGUGUGUGUGUGUUUCUCAUGACCACAUUCAACCUCAAAGCUAGAGGAAGAAAACAAGCCUUUUCCUCUGCUCUAGUUUGAUGUUUUUAUUCUCAUUGAAGCACUUUUACACAUCAGUUCUGACCGCUUCAUGCUCAACCAAUCAUUGUUAUUAACGUCAUGUGUUUGGGUUUGCUUAAAGGGAUCGUUCACCUUCCGUUUACUGACACUCGAGAGCUUUCAAACCUUCAAUUCUGUUGCUAAAAACCGGUAACUGUUGACUUCAAUAGUAUUUUUUUUUCCUCAUAUGGAAGUCGAUGGUUACCGGUUUUCAGCAUUCUUCAAAAUAUCUCCUUUUGUGUUCAGCAGAGUUGAAAGAAACUCAUACAGGUGUGAGAGUAAAUAGUGAGCAGAUGUAAUAGUUUGGGGUGAACUGACCCUUAUUGACUUGUAUUGUUAUGAUGUUGUUUACAUGAGCAUGAAUGCAGAUUUCUGUAAACACUUCAGUUCAGGCGUUCGGGGUGUUCAGUUUGCAUGAUGACGGUGAAAACAGAAAGCCUUAAUGCUCCACGCUCAGCGCUUUGAUUUAGGUUUGUGGUGAAAUAUGAGCUGACGGCGUUCAUGAUGAUCAGACGCUCAGUGUCAUAUUCAAUACAGUUGCACAGUCUGUCAAUCAACAACUGACACACACACACACACACACAUCAGACAUGGGUUCCUCCAGGUGUGUGUGUGUGUGUGUCAGCGUGAUCAGUUCACAGGCUCAGAACAAAAGAUCAUUUCCUUUUUAUCUUUUUAUUUGAUUCCUCUGUGCCUCAGUUGAACAUUAUUGAUGAUGAUGAUGAUUAUUGAUGAUGAUGAUGAUGAUGAUGAAGAUGAUGAUGAUGAUGAUGAUGAUGAUGAUGAUGAUGAUGAUGGUGGUUUGUCUGUCUGUCAGUAAUUCUCAUCAGUAUUCGGCUGUUGAUGCCUUUUUUAUUAUUAUUUUUAUGAGUUGUGUUUUGUUGAUUUAUUAAUCUGAUUUUGAAGCAGAGGGUUGAUUAAUGCUGUUGUUUGUGUGUAGUUUUUGUUGCCGGUCUCAUCUUGUGUGCGUGUGUGUGUGCGUGUGUGUGUGUGUGUGUGUGUGUGUGUGUGUGUGAUGAUGAUCGAGUUUCACUGACCGCUGAAGCGCUUCACAACUUAAAAUAAAACAUUUUAAAGCUGC